CCUUAAGAGGAAAACGAGGGAGGAAAUGGAUAUUGAUCGCGGAGGAAGGAGACGGUACGGCAACGGCAACUCGACAACCAGUUUCAAGGAUUUCGUGAACAGACUGCCAGCUUUUGACAGAGGAUUACUAAAGCAAUGUAGACUAUGGGACAUUUUCAUUCCCAACAAGAGAGACAAAAGAGGCAACAGGUAUGGUUUUGCCAGAUUUUUAGAUGCCAGGAAUGAGCAGGAGAUGAAGAAGCAACUAGGAAAUAUAUGGAUUGGUAACCAAAGGGUGGUUUUCAACUCGGCUGUGGAAAGAAGAAAGGAGAAGAGAAGAAUGGAAGCAAAACCAGCAGACGAAGGAAGCUGGAAAAGUAACAAAAGGACAAUCACUGCUGAAGAUAAGAAUACAGUGGAAGAAGGGAGUAGGAAGAGUCCAAGAAUGACAUAUGCGCAAUGCCUUCUCCAGCCGAAAGAAAUGGCAAACUCCUCCGAAACAGGAAACAAAGAUCCAACACCGUUGGAGUCAAAAGAAUUUCCAAGGAGGUCUAACAAAGGAAUGCCUAAGACUCCCAGUGUGAGUCAGCCUGUGUACAAAAAGGUGAUUGAACUAAAGGACACAGAUAAAGCUGAAGAUAAACUGAUGAUGUGUGCAGUUGGGGUGGUUUUAUUUCCAUCUAUCAUCCCAAACCUCCCAGAAAUUUUCUUUAAUGAAGGUUUCCCUUCUAUCAAAAUUGCCCCUAUGGGAGGUAACCUUGUUUUAAUCGAUGACAAGGAUCCGGAGUAUGUUAAGGAGCUGGUAGAUGGGAAUUUACAGUGGGUGGUAGCUUAUUUUGAUAGAAUUAAGUACUGGGCUCCAUCAGACAUCGCAGAAGAAAGAUUUGUGUGGGUGAGAAUCCAGGGAUUACCUAUACAUGCUUGGUCUGAAGAAAGCUUAUCAACGAUCGGUAACCAUGUGGGUAAACUUGUUUCAAUUGAUGAGUGUACACUCUCUAAGGAAUGUCUGGAUGCAGCAAGAAUUUUAGUAUCCACCAAGUCCAAAUUGGAGAUAAAUGAAGACUUCAUCCUCAAAGUGAAGAAUAACAGCUUCCACAUUGCUGUAGUGGAGGAAAAUUGGAGGACUGAUCCAUGGUGGCUGAAGAAAACUGUUAGCUCAAUUGCUGAGUCAGAAGUGAGUUCAACGGCGUUCAACUUCGGUGAAGAUUCCGGCGAUUUUGACGGUGACAGCAUGAACGGGUUAGAGCAGGACGAAAUUCAAACAAUGGCAUUAAUUGUUCUGACACAGUGCGCGGCUCAAAGAAGCUUGUUGAAAUGGGCAAGUUUUGCAAUGGCACUCUAUCAAAUCAAGAUAAUCCAAGAAACGGCCCAACUUGGAAGCCCAGAAGACAGCAAAAAUGAAGCCCAGUUGGUUAAGAACAAAACAAAAAUGGGUGACGAGGAGAAAGAUGGGCUUCAAGCGGACAAAAGCUCUAAUAAGAGCCCUUCUCUACCGCCUGAAACGAGGACUGAAUUAACAAAGCUAGUAACUGGUACAAAACGUGGAAGGAGGAGAAAAGCAACCAUCCAGCCAGUCAACUUCGGUGGUGAAUCCCCAGUACGCUCUCUAUCGGACAGCGACAUCCUAUACAACAAUAGAAGAAUCAAAGAAGGCAUGAUUGCAAAGGAAGCGAAGAAGGUGCUGGAUUUCGAGAGCAAGCUAGGAAUUCAAACCAAAAAUCAAGAAGAGCAGAUCUUAGAAAGGUUCAGGCGAAUGGAAGAGAGGGACAUGCAGGGUGUAGUUAAAAGAAAAGUGGUGAGAAAUAUGGUGAGGAAAGAGGAAAUUAAUUUUGCUUGCUUUCAAGAAACUAAAAUAGAGACUAUUGACAAGGAAUUUUGUGUAUCUAUUUGGGGGCAUGAAAACUUUGAUUGGGCAUAUAAGGCCUUGGUGGGUAGAUCAGGAGGUAUAUUGUGUGUGUGGGACAAUGAUAUAUUUGUUAAAGAAACAGUUAUCGAAAUACCAGGAGCAGUGGCAAUUUAUGGUCUAUGGGGACUAAAGAAGCAAAAGUGUUGCAUUGUCAAUGUUUAUGCCUCGUGUAACAGGAACGAAAGGUUGGAGUUAUGGGCUCAAUUACAAAAGAUGAUUGAGGAAGAUGAUGGCUUUUGGUGUAUAGUUGGUGAUUUCAACAGUGUAAGAUCAGAGGAAGAGAGAAGAGGAAGAUCUGAGCAUUCUCGCUACAGGGAGGACCUUAAUGACUUCAUUGAAAGUGGUGGUUUGAAUGAUCUGCCACUAACAAGGAGGAAAUUCACUUGGUAUAAGAGCGAUGGGUCAGCAAUGAGCAGACUGGACAGAUUUCUUAUUUCCGAUGAUCUUCUCACCUUCUGGGGUGACUACUGUCAAGUUGGAUUAAAUAGAUCCAUAUCAGACCACUGUCCAGUGAUAUUAAAGAAGGUUAACAGUGACUGGGGGCCAAAACCAUUUAGAGCUCUGAAUUGCUGGGAUCAACAUCCAGAUUUCAUCAGAGUAGUUGAGGAUAUUUGGAAAACUACUGAGGUUGGGGGAUGGAGUGGAUAUGUGUGCAAAGAAAAAUUCAAACAAUUGAGUAAUAAAUUGAAGACAUGGAAUAUCGAAGUCUUUGGUAACUUCGAGCAUCAGAUUGCAGACGCAAAAGCAAAAAUUAAAGGAGUAGAUAGCAAGAAUGAAGAAAAUGAAAUAACAGAGGAGGACAUCUUGCUCAGAAGGGAGGGGUUUAGUGAAUUAUGGGAAGCAUGGCAAAGAAGAGAAGUGGCAUGGAAGCAGAAGACUAAGCUUGACUGGGUUCAGCAAGGGGAUGCCAAUUCUAAGCUCUUCCAUAGAACUGCUAGUGGCAACAGGACCAGGAAAUUGAUUCGGGGCUUAUAUAAAAAUGGGUUAGAUGAUGAAGACAGAUUUUGGUUAGAAAGAGAUAUCUCAGAAGAAGAGGUGAAACAAGUAGUGUGGGAAUGUGGAGGGGAUAAGUCCCCAGAAUUCUCCAGCAAGGGCAAACUGGUGCUAGCUAACAAGAUUAAGAAAGUUUUAUCUAAAGUAAUUAGUGGGGCACAGUUCGCAUUUUUGGGAGGAAGACAAAUCACUGAUGGAAUACUGAUUUUAAAUGAAGUAGUGGAGGAGAUCAAGAGGAAAAAGGCUAGUAGCUUCAUUUUUAAAGCAGAUUUCGAGAAAGCAUAUGACUGUGUGAACUGGAAUUUCUUAGAUGAAAUGAUGUGGAGGCUUGGAUUUGGUGAAAAAUGGAGAAAAUGGAUAAGGGAAUGUUUGCAAACUGCUUCAGUACCAGUUCUUGUUAAUGGAAGCCCAACUGAUGAGUUCAAAAUGGAGAGAGGGAUAAGACAAGGUGAUCCCAUUGCUCCGUUUCUCUUUUUAAUUGUUGUGGAAGGCUUAAAUGUGUUGAUUGAAUCAGCUGUAAGUAAGGAUCUAUUCCAAGGAGUCGAUAUAGGCCCUUUUGGCCUCAACAUAUCCCACCUCCAGUUUGCCGAUGACACCGUUCAUGGGGAAGGCAGAUCCUACAAAUAUAAAAGCUGUGAAAGGGAUGUUGAGAUGGUUUGAACUAGUUUCGGGGUUGAAAAUCAAUUUUAACAAAAGUGUGAUGUAUCCGUUCUAUGUCUCGGAUGAGUGGGGAAGAAUGGUAGCUGCUACUCUUAAUUGUAAAUCAGGGUCCAUCCCAUUCACAUACCUUGGCAUGCCAGUUGGGGAUGUUAUGUGCAGGAGGAAACCUUGGAUUCCAGUUAUUGACAAUUUUACUAAAAAGCUGGCAGUCUA